UCUUCCUGUUUCUUUCGCUGGUGUCUCAACAGUGAAGGAGUAAGUGAUGCCAUUGUGUGUCAUAGCUUUGGUAGUGGUUGUAGCAUCGCAGAAAGUGUGUGUUGAGAGUUUUUUCCUCAUUUUGCUACUGUUGUUUUUUUUUGUCUGUAUACGACGCAACUAAAGAUAAGGGCAACUUAAAAAUGGAAACUCUAGAGGGCUCAUCUGAAGACAAACAAAAGGACGUACAAACAAUUGACCAAGAAAUUGCUCCAAGUGAGAUCACUUACUCUGAAGUUCAGUUCAAAGCAAGUGGUGUGCAAAAGAAGAAAGAUCAAGACCACGACAGAGAGGUCAUCUAUUCGGACAUCAGACUAUCCAAAAAAGAUGACUCCAGCGACACUCUUCAAGUUGAAUCAAAUGACUGCUUUGGUGACCAAAUCUCUAUCAAUGGUCCCAAUGAUGUCUGUGGGGAACAGACCUCUACCAAUGGUCCCAAUGAAUGCCCUGGCAAACUGUACUCUUCUAGUGACCCCAAUGACUCUCCUGGGAAACUGAACACUUCCAGCAGUCCCAAUGGCUGCUCUGGUCUCCAGGCCUCUGCCAGUGGUUGCAGUGACUGCUUUGGUGACGAGAUCUCCCUCAAUGGCCCCAGUCCCAGCGACUGCUCUGUGAAAGAGAAUUCGACCAGUGGUCUCUGUGAAGACUUUGGUCACCAGACCACAAAGAGGGUCUCUUGGCAGCUCACAGGUCUGCUAUUUCUCCUGUGUGUCCUCCUGCUUCAGGCUGUUGUGAUGACAGUCCUUUAUGUGCUGAUGGAACAUGCACACACAGAUCUUAAACAGCAACAUGAAAACACCACUUUUCUGAACAAGGCCUUGGAGAUUAAACUUUUAGAAACAAACCAAAAACUACAGGUACAAGAGGAGCGAAAUGCCAAUCUAUCCAAAGAAGUUGAUUUACAGAAAUGCCUUGUGCGGAUGUGCGGAAGGGAGAAUUUCCAGGGAAAAUGGUAUAUUUUUUCAAAGGAUGAGAAGAAUUGGAAUGAAAGUCGCAGUGACUGUCAGGCUAGAGGAGGAGACCUGAUCAUCAUAGACGCGGUCAAAAAGAAGUUCCUAGACCAGCAUGUAGGUGGAUACGGGUGGUGGGUUGGUGCAAGUGAUGCUGUUGAGGAGGGGCGGUGGUUGUGGGUGGACAACACAAGUCUUCCUAUAAAGAGUUCAUUGUGGGCACGUAAUCAACCAGACAACUAUACAGAUUCUGCCUGGGGUGGUGAUCCAGUGCAUGGAGAGGAUUGCGGUGAAUGGCUAACGGACAGUCUAAAUGACAGCAAAUGUGAUAAUAAACGGUGGCACAUCUGUGAAGUACAGUGUGACACAUUGCCAGGAAACACUGGAAUGUCUGCUAAUGGUUUUGAAAACACGAGCACGCAGAGCUCCGAUGAAGCCACAUACUGCCAGCUACCAGUGGAUGAGAUGGGACUGCAGAAACUCAAGUUAAUCCUACUGGCCAUCCUCUGUGUCAUCCUUGGAGCUUUCCUCAUGGCUUUCAAGGUGCAAUGGCUGUCGGAUCAACAAGCCGACCCGUAA